AUGAAUGGACCCGAAUGGACACAUUGGGACCAAAAGCAUCAAAGAAGGCCUGUGAAUUUUUUUAGGGCUGCUGGACACUUGCGAGAUUCCUAUGGAAGACCAGAGGAAAAAGUGCUUAUCAAUCGUCAUGAAGUCACGAUUAGCAGAGAUGCCUGGGACAUGCAGGAGUUCAUCACUUACAUGUAUAUCAAGCAGCUCCUGCGACAUCCAGCCUUCCAGAUGCUACUGGCCCUGCUUCUGGUGGCCAACGCCAUCACCAUCGCUGCCCGCACUAACAUUUACCUUGGCCAGCAACACUAUGAGUUAUUCUCUGCUAUAGAUGACAUUGUGCUUACAAUUCUCUUGUGUGAGGUUCUGCUCGGCUGGUUUAAUGGAUUCUGGAUCUUCUGGAAGGAUGGAUGGAACAUACUCAACUUUAUAAUCGUCUUGGUGCUGCUGCUGAGCCUCUUCUUCGAAGUGUUCAGUGGUAUUGCCAUCGUUUACACCUUGAGGGUAUUGAGAUUGGUGCAUGUAUGCAUGGCAGUGGAGCCCCUGGCCCGGAUUCUCCGUGUCAUUAUACAAUCUAUUCCUGACAUGGCCAACAUCAUGGCACUCAUCCUCUUCUUCAUGUUGGUUUUCUCUGUUUUUGGAGUCACUCUCUUUGGCUCCAUGGUCCCUAAACAUUUCCAGAAUAUGAAAGUAGCCCUUUAUACGCUCUUCAUCUGCAUCACUCAGGAUGGCUGGGUCGACAUCUAUCAGGAAUUUCAGAUGGAUAAUAGGGAAUACGGGCUAGAGAUCGGGGGUGCUGUUUACUUUGCCGUCUUCAUCACCCUUGGUGCCUUCAUCGGCAUUAACCUAUUGGUGGUUGUCGUGACCACGAACCUGGAAGAGAUGAUGAAGGAGAGAGAACGGGCACAGCAGCAGGAGGUGACUGCUUUCACCAUCUUGGAGGUAAACAAAGAAGAUUACACGAGCGAUGAGAAACCAGAGCUUCAGCUAGUGCACUGUAGGGAAUGCCUGGCAGAUUGGAUAGAGGCCCCAAGGCAGGAACCGUUGGCUGGGGGACCCAUGCAGAACCUCAACGAGAACACCUGCGACAAUUUUUGUCUUGUGCUCGAAGCCAUCCAGGAGAACCUACAGGCCUACAAGGAGAUCCGGGAGGAGCUCAACAAGAUCGUCGAAGAGGUUCGCUCCAUCCGCUUCAACCAGGAGCAGGAAGAAGAGAUGCUGCGUCGGAAGCGGAGCCGGACCUAUUCAGGGGAGAGCGCAACCUCGGUGCAGAGUCAAGACGUUCUCUCCAGCCUUAUAAACAAAGAAAAAGUGGCUUCUGGAAGAAGACAGUCUGUAUGGGAAACUUAAGAAGAAUCGAUGAAAGGGCAGGACCCAGGGCAAGAGCAGCUGGACCCUUCAUCCCGACCUCCUGGAUCUGCCUGCGGAUUGGGCAUGACUUCGGAAAGUCCCUCCUGCUCUUCCUACCUUCCAGCUCCCUCAUCCUGGGAUGGCGGCCGCUGCUCCAAAAGUCAAUUUCUUCCUCAGAAGAUGGGCACAGAGGCCCAGAAGUGGGGGAGGGGCAGGAUACCUGGGUCCCACCCCCAAUUCUCCACUCCACCAGAUACCAAGGAGAAGGGUCAGUGAAAGAGCUGGACCUUGUGUAAGGUCUUGGGUCUGAAGAGAACAGUCUGGCAUGGGGGGGCUGGAGAGAAAAGCUGUUUUAGGAUGGAGAUGGGGAGAUAAUAGGCACAAUGAAAUGGACCCAGCUCCAGGAAGUGUAAAUUCUCAUUGCUAAAUGGGGCACCUCAGAGUUUGGCUCUGAACUUUCAGCGUGCAUAGGAUUAAGAAUAAA